UCUCUCUCUCGCUCUCUCUCUCAUUCAUCUCUCUCUCUCAUUCCCCUCUCUCUCUCGCUCUCUCUCUCAUUCAUCUCUCUCUCUCAUUCCCCUCUCUCUCUCUCUCUCUCUCUCUCUCUCUCUCUCUCUCUCUCUCAUUCCUCUCUCCCAUCUGUUAGAUGCUGGCCGUACGUUACCAGCUACUCCAGAGUUUGUCCUUCCCUGUGUCCUCCUGCCCCACAUCCAGCGCAUGUCUAGGGGACACCACAACCUCCCUCCUCCCCCUCUCUUCCCUCCCCCUCUCCAUCCCUCUAUUCUCCCCCUCAGCAGGAUCCCUCCUUUCAGACCCAGACUCCCCCUCACGGUCUCCCAGGUGUCUGUCUGUGUGUUACGGUCCCCUGGUGGCAGCAGCAGUGAAGGGAUACCUAACCAGGAGGCUCCUACACACAGAGAGAGUGGGACAGCUGCUAUGUACCAUCAAGGACACGCAGCAGUUCCUACAGUCCUUCCAGCCCCAGAGCCCUGGGAGAGACAGCAGGCAAGACCUGGUGCUGCAGGAGAGAGUCACACUGCAGCUCCGCUCGGCGCGUUAUGAGGUCCAGGACAUCUUCUGUCUGUCAGCAGGAGACAGGAUGCAGAUCAUCAGCUGGGACAGACAGCUGGCCAGGGACAGGGAGAUGAAACGCAAGACUGGGGAAACGGGGUCGACCAGGGGGAAGAGUUCUCUGUCAGCUGCUACACAGAAAGCCCUGGAGAGGAAGAGAGGAGUCAUGAUGAGGAAAACAGCAGAGAGGCAGAGGGGGACUGGAGCUGGAGUUGUAGCUGGUCAGAAGGGCCCUCUGGCUGGGGCAGAGGGGGAGAGGGGGACUGGAGCUGGGGUUGUAGCUGGUCAGAAGGGCCCUCUGGCUGGGGCAGAGGGGGAGAGGGGGACUGGAGCUGGGGUUGUAGCUGGUCAGAAGGGCCCUCUGGCUGGGGCAGAGGGGGAGAGGGGGACUGGAGCUGGGGUUGUAGCUGGUCAGAAGGGCCCUCUGGCUGGGGCAGAGAGGCAGAGGGGGGCUGGGGUUGUAGCUGGUCAGAAGGGCCCUCUGGCUGGGGCAGAGGGGGACGUCGUGAAGCGGAUGCGUGGGUCUUUUCGACCCAACCCUCAAAGGGUCCCCAAGACCACCCAGUCCCGCAGAUCUCGGUGAAGAUGAUCUACUUAUCAGGCAAGACUGGACCGGAACUGGGUCGUGUUCAUUUUGGCACAGUGUUGUAGCAAAACGUUUUGCACAGGAGAACGAAAAUGAGUGUUUCUUAUUGGACAAGUUCCGGGUCAUAUUCAUUAGUGGAAAUGUUUUGUAAAACAAAAACAAGCGUUUCUUAUUGGACAAGUUCAGGGUCAAAUUCAUUAGUGGAAAUGUUUUGUAAAACAAAAACAAGCGUUUCUUAUUGGACAAAUUCAGGGUCAUAUUCAUUAGUGGACAUUUUAUGGAAAACAAAAACAAGCGUUUCUUAUUGGACAAAUUCAGGGUCAUAUUCAUUAGUGGACAUUUUUAUGGAAAACGAAAACAAGCGUUUCUUAUUGGACAAGUUCAGGUAGUCCCUCCCUUGACCCAGAUAAUGAAUACUGUUGAUACCUAAAAAGAUAUACACACACAAUCCAUCUCACUUAACCCUAAAACAAUACGCCCCUAUGGGCCCUGGUCAAAAGUAGUGCACUACAAAGGGUUGCCAUUUGGGACGCUUCCAUAGUGUUUCUUGCUAACCAGUGGACAUCUGGAAAGUAUUGUAUUUGAACUUGAUUGUAUUCUACAAAGGCACAACUCACUGCAUUCAAAUGCAUCUUAGCUACUACAUACUGUAUGUGACAAUCUAUUCUUACCACAAGACCUCAGGACUUGUUUUUGGACACACUGUUUGUAAUAUGUUAGUUUUACAUGUUUUAUACUAUUUAUAUUUCCUAUACCAAUUUGUGGUACAGUAUUGGGAUGGCAAUGCAACCAAAGCCUAGAAAACCCAAGUCUAUAUUUGAAGGUCUGUUCUGAGUGUUCAUCUUUCCUACUGUUUUUGUUCUAAAUUAUUUAGAAGUGUUUUUUAAUAAAUGUUUUUUAAUAAAAAAUGUACUUGUCAGGUUGGUUGAAUGUAAACUGAACAAA